UCGCUUUUGACUGCGCAGAACAGACCCGACUGGGUGUUGGUUGGGGAACUCACGAUCACCACCAUCCAACCGUUCUCUAUGGUCGCAUCUGGUUCAGUCUUUGCGCAGUCUAGAUUUUCCCUUCAAUCCGUUGAGUUGUCUCCGUCGGUUCACUUUUCCGCGGUGAAAAUUUUCAUUUUCUUGGAAAACUUUCCUGCUCUGCAGAAAACGCUGAAAUUUCCGGAACUUCUGAAGACUUCAACACCUGAUUUUCUGUAGUGACUAACGAUUCGACUAGCGAUGAGUGUGAUGGUGCAACAGCAAAUGAUUAUCUAGAGUGAUUAUAGUCAAGUGAAAAUAUGUGAAAAAUGUGACAAGCGAGAGAGCUACAGCCAGACAGUGAAGAAAAAUUCCCAUGCCCAUAUAAUUUUAGAACCGUCUCAAGCUCUGCCGCCAGAGACCAACCUUACCAGUGAGGAAAGAAGAGUGCAUGCCAAGCAAGACCCGAAAUAACGAGACAACACCGUCGUCGCCGAGUUCGCGUACAUAUCUACGUACACCCGUAAGUCUGCUCAAACUCGGGCGAAAGGUAAUUAGCGACGCUCUGGCGCGUUGAUACCUAUUUUCCUUGCUUCGAAGAUGCCACCACCGGUGCGGCGGCGAUGAUAGAUUUGUGAGACUGCUAAGAACAGCUGAAGAGGACGCAAAUUUGCUCAUAAAAAGCAAAUCUUCGGGUGGGGGAAAUCUGAUAUUCAAACCGAGAAGAAAAUUGUUCCCGAUCCAAUUAUACCGCCGCUGGCUGAUCCGAAACAAGUGCGCCCGUUUUGGGGUGGAGAUAAAUUCCGCCAAGGAAAAUAAUUCAAAAAGCCGUUAAUGAUCGACUUUGGCGGUGGUGAUCGGCUCCCAAAAGGAAACAAGGAAACCGACACGGUGUUUAUUCUGUGCAAAUAUUGUUGUUCCGUUGGCGGUUUUAAUAGCUUUCAUUUGGUGGUGAAAAUUGUUCCGGUGAUCGCAUCGAUGACGUCGUAGUAUAAUCCGAGAGAAGAAAAGAAAAAAAAACGAAAACAAGAUCGAUUUGAAUUAGAACGGUUGUUCGACAUCGGGCGAAGACGAAGAAAAGUAAGUGAGUGACUCACAGUUGUGAGUGUAGGGCUUCGGAAAAUUGAUGGUGAUCUUUGUAGUGGUGGGAAAAGUUGAACGGAUCUCAGCAGUAGCUGGCAACGAAACAGCACGCUUCUAGGGACGGCUUGUAAACAGGAAUGGUUUCAGCACCAUCUCCAGAGACAACUUCGUAACCCUGUUCAGUAGAACUCAACAUCGUCCUGUUCAACAAAUGCCGCAACGAUGUCCGUCGCCGGUCGAAAAUCCAGCGGAAACAUUCACAAGAUCCGGGAGUUUGAACUGGACAAGGUCACCCUGUCGGAUGAGUUCGACAUUCUGCAGAUCGUCGGCGAGGGAUGGUUUGGCAAGAUCCUGCUGGUAGAGCACCGGGCCACCGACACCGAGAUGGUGCUCAAAUUGCUGCCCAAACCGUUCGUAUCGCUGACAGACUUCUACAAAGAAUUCCACUUUAGCUUACACCUGGGCGCCCACAAAAACAUCGUCACCACGUACGAUGUGGCGUUCGAGACGGCCGGAUUCUACGUGUUCACGCAGGAGUACGCCCCGUUGGGUGACCUGACGUCCAACGUAUCGGACAGUGGGAUCGGCGAACUGCACACCAAGCGGGUCGCCCGGCAGCUGGCCUCUGCCAUCGAUUAUAUGCAUCAGAAAGAACUCAUCCACCGGGACAUCAAGCUGGACAAUGUCUUGGUCUUCCGUUCAGACUUUGCCCGCAUCAAGCUGUGCGAUUUUGGCGAGUCGCGACGAACCGGCGAGGAAGUCCUCCGGCGUAACGAAUGGCUCCCGUACAGCCCACCGGAGGUGCUAUCGGUGAAAACCGAUGAUAAAUACAAGACUGAUACUGCACAUGACGUUUGGCAAUUUGGUAUUGUAUGUUUCGUAUGCCUUACGGGAUGUCUACCGUGGCAGAAGGCUUCCGUGGAUGACCCCAGGUUCUACAGGUUUCAGCAGUGGCACAAUGCAACGCUCACAUUUCCAAUGAAACGCUGCCCGAAGCUAUUCAAACUGCUCUCGGCAAGAGCGUGUAAAAUUUUCAAGAAAUUCCUCGAUCCCCGACCGGAUCGGAGGCUAAAGACGCUGAGCGAUGUGCAGAAGUACUUGGACGACCGAUGGCUGGCCAAGAGUGCCGAAAAGGAAAUGGCCGAGAACGAACCGGACGAGCUGUGCCCGUCGAUGUACUCCUUCCACAGUAGCGUGGACGAGAAGAACCGGCUCCUGUCGACGUUAGCCCAGUGCGGAAUCGAGACCACCGUGGAUCGAGUGGCAAAAAAGAAUCGCAUUCGCGACUGGAUCCAGUCGUCGGUGAUCAUGGAAGAGGAGGAAGAGGAUGAUUCGGGAUCUGCUACGCCGACGUCGACGGCGUCUCGGACGGCCGUUCCUGGGCAUGUUUCGUCGGUGGCGGCUAUGGAGAAAGCCGAAAAGAAGAUCCAUUCCACGGUCAAGGAUGCGUCGCAAAAGCACUUCGAUCCCCGGACUGGGACCGUUCAGUUGGCUCCCAGCGAGAUGGGCACCAAAAACGUUCACAAAGCAGAGAAUGGAAGAAGUGAUGGGAAUAAUAAUCAUAAAGGUGGCAACAAAGCCUCGACCAAUGGAAAUCAGUUCAAUUCAGCAAGGUUCUACGACGAAACGGUUCCGAUCAAUCCGCUAACCCCGAGUAACAGCGCAUCAACGACCCAUGGUCUCAUGAAAGCCUUGAACUCGGUAGCAGCCAUUACAGUACCGGAGAUCAAUGGACGAAAUAAGGCCGCACCUUCCAAGUACGAGGAGUCAGCAGUUCGGGACAGUGGAUAUGGAGGAUCAGUCGACAGCCGGCAGCGAAAGCCUCCCGGUAGUAUGAUCAAGCGAUCUCCGGUUCUAUCCAAACGAUCAGCCAUGAUCAAAUCCAACAACAAUACCCACGAAGAGGACGAGGAACUGGAAGAGGAGGAUCGCGAACUAACCAAUGACUUCGACGAGCUGGAAAUGGAUCGCGGUUCCUACGAGGGUCUCAAUGACUCCAACGUAAGGCAAACGGCCAAAGAUAGUCCAUACGAUAGGUUCUUUUUCCGAAGGAAGUGAAUCGGUGUGAUUUUUCUCUAGAUGUAAGGGUUUUAAACAGUUACUCGCGCGCACCAUUUGAAUGCACCUCGUUCCGUUUUAUUCAUCACCGAAAAGAAGACAUUUUCUAUUGGUAGUGUUGUGUCGAGUUUUUUCGAAUUUGUCCGCACUAAAGAUGUUCUUUCGUAAGUUUAUUUGACUUUAAUAUAGGAUUUCACGAGCACUCUGUUCCACACAGAAUUUGUACUGAAUUAUUUAACUAUUGGUAGAUAGGCAUUAUACACACCGAUUAUGAUAAGGAAAACAUAUUGUUCGUUUUUUUUUGGUAACAGAGAUAGAGGUGGUAGGUAGCGAAGCAAAUCAUGAUCCACCGCAAAAAAAUGCAAGUGAAAUGGCAGAUAACUACUGCAAGAUGGCGGAUUACGAUAACGUCCGACGCAGAGGUUAACUGUGUCAGGCUUCCAAUUAUGAUAAUUGUACUACGGCACUUAACUCAAGUGAUGGCAAUAAAUUAACUGGUCAGAACAGUA